GUCUGUCAGUUGGUGGUUCCCAACCAACAGUGCUGUUGCAGUUUAUGGUUUUACAGCUUUCAAUGCAGAAGUUUGAUAAUAACUACGAAGGCAAUGCCUUACAGGAGGAUAUCCACACCAAGUUGCACAGCAGAGUUUCAGCAGCAUACCGACAGCGAAGUCUCUGCUCAGCUCUACCUGCGUCGGCACUCGGGUUGUGGAAAUAAUAUGGCAAAUAAUUUCGCCCGGAUUUUGUCCACCAAAAGAAAUGUGGGCAUUCUGUCAUUAGUUGGAGCUGGAUCACUGGCCGCGGGGCUGCUGCUGAGCAGGGAGCAACAUGUACACGCCGGGUCACAGGUCCGGAGACUAUACCCAGCCAGUGCAGAAUAUCCAGAUCUUAGGAAACACAAUAACUGUAUGGCCAGUCAUCUGACUCCUGCUAUCUAUGCAAAGCUGUGUGACAAAGCCACUCCGAAUGGAUUCACUCUGGAUAAUGCCAUCCAGACUGGUAUCGACAAUCCAGGGCACCCCUUCAUCAAGACAGUGGGCAUGGUGGCCGGGGACGAGGAGACAUAUGAGGUGUUCGCUGAUCUCUUUGAUCCCGUCAUUAAGGAGAGACACAAUGGGUACGACACCAAAAAGAUGACCCAUCCCACUGAUCUGGACUCAAGCAAGGUUAAGUCGGGGAUAUUUGAUGACCGCUAUGUGCUCUCUUCGCGCGUGCGGACGGGCCGUAGCAUCCGUGGGCUCAGCCUGCCGCCGGCGUGCACUCGGGCGGAGCGGCGGGAGGUGGAGCGCGUGGUGGUAGACGCUCUGGCUGGUCUGGGGGGGGAUCUGUCGGGCCGAUACUACGGCCUGGGUCAGAUGACCGACCAGGAGCAGCAGCAGCUGAUUGAUGACCACUUCCUUUUCGAUAAACCGGUGUCUCCACUCCUGACCUGUGCAGGAAUGGCCCGUGAUUGGCCUGAUGCAAGAGGAAUCUGGCACAACAAUGAGAAGACCUUUCUGGUGUGGGUCAACGAGGAGGACCACACACGUGUCAUCUCCAUGGAGAAGGGGGGCAACAUGAAGAGGGUCUUUGAGCGCUUCUGUAGGGGCCUAAAAGAGGUGGAGAGGCUGAUCAUGGAGAAGGGCUGGGAGUUCAUGUGGAACGAGCGACUGGGCUACGUCCUCACCUGUCCAUCUAACCUGGGCACAGGGCUACGUGCUGGUGUCCACAUCAAUCUGCCCCGUCUCAGCAAGGACCCUCGCUUUGCCAAGAUCCUGGAGAACCUGCGUCUUCAGAAGAGAGGCACCGGGGGAGUGGACACCGCAGCUGUGGGCAGCACGUUUGACGUCUCCAACCUGGACCGGCUGGGCCAAUCAGAGGUCCAGCUGGUGCAAACAGUGAUUGACGGCGUGAACUACCUAAUCGAGUGCGAGAAGAAGCUGGAGAAGGGUCAGGACAUCCGCGUCCCUCCUCCUCCCAGCAAGUAGAUGGAGCGCCGGCUCGCCCUCUUCUCCAACCCUCCUCCUCCUCCUCCUCCUGCUCUCACCCUCCCUCCUUCCAGUAGUGGUCAGUCGACUUACCGCAGUUAACACUGCAGUUAUGAUGAAGCACCCCACCCUUCACUGUUCCAAACCCACACCCAACCCCCCACCUCUGGUCUUUCCCCAUAGCAUGCCUUUUGUCUGUUGGAUUUUAUGAGCUUGAUUUUAUUUAACUCACAAUGUACCGGAGAAGUGAAUGUUCUGUACUCCAUGAUUGUGUUACUGUGGCCUCAUUCAUUCAUGUGGUGGACAACCAUACUUGAUCAAGUUUUACUAUAUGAAAUAUUCAAUAAUAAUAAUAAUAAUCUUGGAUGUGAGUGCUUGCUCAGGUGAAAUCAAUAAUCAUAUCCAACAAUAAUAAUAAUGAUCAAUAGUUUUGCUGAAACAAAUGUAGCUAAAUAAAUUAUCUGUAGUAUUUAUCAAA